CUCACGACGAGAACACCUCACUCACUACGCGCACGCCCUCCAGACCAAGCAAAGGAAGAAAGAGAAGAACGAGCAAACACACACAGACAUACACACACAAACGCACACAAUGGCGCCAGUCACGUUCUGGCAAGCACCGGGUACAUGGAUUCACUACAUGGCGAGAAGGAAGCCUGCGUUGUUCUGGUCUGUCGUUGUAGGCAGCUUGGGUCCCGUCUCAAUGCUCGUUGUCCCGCCCAUCAGACGCCGAUUGGGAGAUGGACCACGAAACCAAAUACCUCUUACCUACCCGAUCCCAAAAGGCAAGAGAGUGAUACCCGCGGGCUACGAUGAUUAGAUGAGGAGGGCGCUGCACACACAGAGAGGACAGACAGAGAGAGAGAGGGAGAGAGAGGAUAGUGGGGCUUAUAUGCAAGCACACGGCGUUUCAAGGCGCUACGAAAGAGAUCAAUCUCGCCGGGCAGAAGUUCACACUUAUUGUACAUUUGCUACAAUCCACAUUUGUUCACACUCAGCCGCCAUCCGGGCUGCCCAUGGCUUCUACCUCCUACUGCACCUGCAGUUUCACACGAUAUAAGCGAGGGUGGUGGUAGAGGCUUGGCCAAGUACAAGAGUCUCGAGUCUCUGAAAGUCGCAAAACACUACUCCUUGAACAUC